AUGGCGUUCGAUUGUGAAGUGUUAUUUGUACAACAAUUGAUCCUGAAGGAUUUAUGGAUGAAAACCAGCAUUAGAACAGGAGGAAAUGGUUUGAAAAUACUCGCUUUGUCAGAAAAUGAACAAUAUGGUGAAAAUUUUAGUUUAGAGGAGGCAUUCGGAGUUUAUGUUAAAAGACAAACUUGCGGUGAUGGUUUUGGUUUUUGCAUGAAAAUGACGUUCACAUUUGAAGAUGGUGCACCGGAAAUGAAAAUGUACAGCCAACAAGCAUUCGCUCGUAGCAGAGGUUCGUUUUUCACAGUAACCGAGUGGAAUUAG